UUCUAAUUUUUAUGGAGUGGUAAUCUAAAUUUUAUCUCAAAAUUUUAUAGGGAGAAGAUCCUUCAUCUUUUGAUGGAAAUAAUGCAUCAUGUUUUGAUUACAUAAAAAGUUUGUCUGAUGAUUUUGUUUAUCAACCUACAUCAAAUGAAAUGAACUCUAAGUCUCAAUGUAAAGUACAUAAAGAUUAUACUGUAACUCCACUUACUUUAAAUCUUUAUGAUGAUUCUGAUUUUUGCAAAUUCCCUGAAAUGGAUAAAAAAUUCUCAAUAAAUGAACAGAAAACUUAUCAUCAGUAUCAAAACAUUUUAGGCACUUACUCUGAUAUGAAUAGAGAUCAACAUAAAUGCUGUUCUACAAAUGAAAAAAAUCCAAUAAUUAAUUCACUAGAUUUCAUUGAAAAUAUGAAAUGUACCAAUUGCCAAAAAUAUGCUGAAAUAUUACAUAGUAUGUGUUCUGAAUGUAAAAAGAAAAUUUCUGUGAUUCUGUGCAAAGAUUGUUAUAAUUCUCAACAGUUUAAUGAAGAAGAUCAAAGAAUAGCAGAUUAUAUUCAGUUACAUAGUAAAACAUCAAGUGAAGAAAAUGUGAAACAACAAAGUUCACAAAAAGACAAUUAUUAUAUACAAAUGUUACAAGCAGAGAAACCUGAUGUAUAUUCUCAACCAAUCACAAAAGAAAUUGUAAAUAUUCCUUUUCUCAAGCCAAACUCUACAAAUUGGAGUGAAACAAAUUCGUUGGAGCAACUCACCAGUACAGUGGAAAAUAAUACUGCUAAAAUUGUUAGAAAAACAUGUGUCAUUUCAACAAAAACGCCUUUAGAAAAACAAAAAAUAUUGUUUAUGAAAGAGGAUCAUGAUCCAGUAAAAGACCUUAAAUCAAUUUAUUCUAAUUCAAUUAGAUAUGAUAGUAAAAUUAAAUCUAGAGACAUGGAAAAAUAUAAUAAAUUACAUCCAUGGAAAUAACUGUGAUUUUAAUUUCUGACUAAUUGAAGACUAAAUUUUUAUAAAAUUUAAAAAUAUAUUUUUUAUUUUUUAAUUUUGCAUGGAUUUCAAUUUUGUAAUUAGUUUUAUUUAUAAGCCUUUACAGUUCAGUAAUAGUUUGUACUAAAAUUCAUUUUAUUUUUUCCAGAAUACUCUUAUGAUUUAU